GUGUGUGCUCCGAUGGCUCCUAGGAUCGUUGUGGCCGUCGAUUUCGGGACGACCCGAAGCGCCUGGGCAUACAAGGUUGGUGGCGACGAGCCCGACGACAAGACCGACGAAAAAAUUUUCGUUCGGAUUCCUGGAGACGUAGGCCCUGCACCGUCCGCCAGAACCAAAACCGAAACAGCGGCUCUCAUCAACCGGCGCGGCAGAGGGGAACUGGUGGCCUUCGGACAAGCGGCGCUCGAGCGGCACGCCGAGAACACAGCGACUGCUGAAGGCGACCCCUCCGACGAGGCGCUGUUCAAGUGGUACAAGACCACCCUGUUUAAGCCCAAGCCGGGCGAAUCCACGGUCGAGCGCGUCACGGCCACGUCUACGUCGGGUGACGUCGUGCCCUUGCUCGGGGUCAUGACAGUCACUCUCCGCUACUUCAAGAAGGACGCCCUCGGAUUCCUGUCUUCGCUUACGGGAAGAACGAUUCGUGCGCGAGACGUGAACUGGGUGCUGACGGUGCCCGCCGUCUACGACGACUUCGCCAAGCAUUUCAUGCGCCAGGCCGCCCACGAGGCCGGGAUGAUCGACAAGGUCGGCAGCACAAACCUGCGCCUGUGCCUGGAGCCGGAGGCAGCGUGCCUGGCGGUCAUCCCGCGAGGUGCAAACAACCCUCUGACUUGUGACGCGGAGGGCAAGAAGAUGAUGAUCGUCGACUGCGGGGGAGGGACCGUGGACAUUACGACGCACAACGUCGUUACUAUUAACCCCCUGAAUGUGGUCGAGGUGGCAGCACCCACCGGAGGCGCGUGGGGAUCGACACAAGUGGACGAGGCGUUCAAGAAGUGGCUGCAGAGAUUCCUUGGAGGGUGGUACGAGAAGAUCGCCAAGACCGAAAUACUCCUGUCCAUCAUGGAGUUCUGGGAGCGCAAGAAGGCCGCGUUCGAUGGCCAUGAAUCGGCGGAGCCAGUUCGGUUGAAUCUGUCGGCUCUCGGGCAGCGACAAUUGAUGGAUAGGCACGACUUGGAGGACCUGCGUACCCGGUACAACCGCGGAGAAUCCCGGCGGAAUUGCGUCGACGGGAAAGGCUUCAUGGUCAUCCUGCCGACGACGCUGGUGACUUCAUUCUUCACCCCCACGCUAGACAGCAUCGCCCGCUGCCUUCGGGGCAUCAAGGGGGGAUCGGGGCUGCGCAACCUCCACCGAGUUUUCGUCGUUGGCGGGUUCUCGCGCUGCCCCCUCCUGAUGCAGGUAGUGCGGGCUGAGCUCCAGCACGCGUCCUGCCGCGUUGUCGAGGUGAGCGAGCCGGACAUCGCCAUCGUGAGGGGCGCCGUGAAGUACUUCGACGAGUCCGCGGUGUUUAACUCGCGCAGGGCGAGGCUGACCUACGGCGCCAGCGUGCUGCACGCUUUCGAUGAGAAGAACGCCGAGCACCGGAGGCGCCGCGAUGCCGGGGAGACGCUCAAGUACGAUGACCGCGACGAGGUCAUGGUCGACGGAUGUUUCUUCCCUCACAUCAGGAUUGGAGAAAACGUCCCCACCAACGGCGUCACGUCGCGGGAAAACUACACGCCCGUCUCGCUGGAGAACGAGACCAACUGCAUUCAGGUCUACGCUAGCUCCGCCAGGGACCCGGCCUUUGUGGACGAGGACAGCUGCUUCAAGCUCGGAACAGUCAGUUUCCCCCUGGACAUGACCAAGAAAACCCGCCAGGAGCGCGCCUAUCGCGUAGAGUUCACUUUCGGAGGGCCGGAGCUGACAGUCAAGAUCCUGCACCGUACGGAAGAGAAGCAGAUUGCGGAUGCAGUGAUGACCCUGUCGCGGGUGCCGAAGUCGUAUGAUGGAAUAAGCGGGGGCCUUUAGCAGUCGUGAGAUGGUUCGCCGCGUCCGCCUUGCGCCAGAACCUGACGCACCGCUCACCAGGACCUCGUUUGGGCGUCCUCUCACCGAAGUUUAAUUUUUGCUACCGAUGGAAAAGGGUUGUUUCUGCAACAUUUUGUUUCGUUGGAUUUGCGUUUCUUGCCGUCUUUGUGUCCUUUGCUCUCUUGCACGUGGUCCUUGACUCCCUGGUUUCCUUGUCACCUGGCUCCGUUGCGCUCUUGCUCGUUUAUCCUCCCCAUCCUUGUGGUCCCUUGGGUCGUACCAUUGCUUCCUCGUAAUAUAGCUCCUUGUACUCUGUACCAUGGUCUUCUUUCGAUCUUGUGUUCGUUCUUGUGAUGUGUUGCCUCCCUUGCAUUAUUCCGUUCCUGGGAUAUUUCCUUCUCUCCUCUGCUUCUCGUGCCCUUCCUUUUCGCUUUAGGUAUCUAUAAGUCCCUCUUCCUGUGUCCGAUCCUCUUGUUGGUUUUCUCUCUUUGUCGUUAUUCCCUUCUCCGUUCUUCUGACGGCUAUUUUCUUGGGUAGUAGAAACCGGCGUUUCUUCUGGCGAGAGGGAUAGUCUUAUCACUGAAUGAAGAUUGAGUGGUCGACGUCAAAGUAGGUACUAACCUCCAUCGGUGGGCAUCACGUGCGUGCUUUGUACAUAGAACUUCAUCAGAUCUAGGUUCCAUGAUGAAAAAACGAUAUUUGUAUGUAUGGAUAUUCAACGUUACGUAGGCACAUCCGAGAGUAGGUACAGGGUGUGGUCUUUCUGUCACACUCGGCUUGGAACGCUCUUAUUUUUUUGAGAAUGUUGGUCGCUUCUCUCGCUUGUGUCGAAACAAGGCGAGCGUUUCAUUUGUACGUAAGCGGUUGACUCUACUUCCCACAGUCGGCACCGUUACCAACAGCUCAUUGUAAUGGAGCAACUAUUAGUGUAUGAGCCUAUACGAGCGUUUCAUGAGCGUUGUAUGAGCGCUUAUUGGAUAUUUUGAAUUAUCUUUGGAUAUGGAUAUUUUGCGUCGUUGAGGGGUAUUGAAAUAGCUUGAAGGAAGAUCAAAAUCCCAGCCCCGCUCCCUCACUCUCCGAGUGGGCGCUGAGCGGACUUGGUCUAAGAAGGCUACAACAAGAGAUCAAACAACGACUGUGAGUACCCGAAGCCAGGAGCAACGAACUUGCUCCCUCCCUCUUUAUUUCUCUGUUCCUCCAUAGCAUUGUGGCAUCGUCUGGCAUUUGGACACCGGUCCUUCGCUUCGGUGCUCAUCGUUCGCGUGAACCGUCUCGCAUUUCAGCCCUCUCGAUUUUUGUAGUUACUUGGUUUUAGAGAGGGCACGGUGUUGCUCUCUUUGACUCACUCGGUAGGGCACUUUUUGUUUUGACGUGUGCGUUUGCUCCGGGCGUGUGCGCGACGCGCGUACAGACCCCAUGCGCGAGGGCCUCCCCUUGCUUGGCUUUGUGUUCACCAAGGGACGACUUGGUGGACGCUGGCCCUUCUUUCCUCAUUUGCUCGGCAAACAUGCUCGCGUA